GAAAAACUUUUGAUUUGAUCUCUCAAGGAGACGCAUUUUGAUGAGAAUUUUUUAUUGUCAUUGUUUUCAGAAAAGUUCAAGGUUAAAUAAUGAAACUUCAUAAAGGUGGGACAAUAACACAAGUACAGAUGUAUUGAUGACAAGUUGCGACAUAGAUUUAGAUGUCACUCUGCAGAACAACUAACUGGAGGAAUGAAAUGUUUUCUGACUACUAUGCUGCACACAUAAAGGCUGAAAUUGAUUUGGAUAUAAAAAAUGAAGAAGUUUUACUCUCGACCUCCCAGUGUCAAGGCAAAGAAGCUGGCAGACGAUUACUCCACGGGAGAAUUAGUGACACCGUGUCGUCUGCUGUUGGUUCUGAUCUUGUCCUGUAUAAUGAUUGCUGGGAUAGCUGUCAGCGUCAGUAAAAACAAGAUAGAGCCAGAGGAAAACGUCAUUAAAGGGGAGAUAACUCUAGUGAACUUUUCAUAUCAAUUUGACUUCAGUGCAGCUUUAAAAACAAGGGAGGAGAAUUCGGAGUUGUACAAGAGACCCCAAAAUAUGUGGUCUGUUGACAAAAGAUCCACACUAACACUAGAGGAAUUCUGGGAUAUUUAUGAUGGAAAAUGGCCAGUAAUUAUAACUGAUGUUGUACAGCACUGGCCAGCCUUCAACUGGACAAAAGAUUUCUUCAUUAAAAAAUAUGGAAGACAGAGGAUCACAUUCAAAGCUAUAGUAGAUGGCAUCCAGCAUGUGACAGGGUAUGUGAGGGCUUUGGAGGAUUUUAUCAGUACCCUCCACCAGUCUAAUUUUAACACCUGGAACUACCUGGAGGAUGAGAUGUUUAUUUUACAGAGACCGGAGCUCAGAGAGGACAUCAGGGAACAUAUUUAUGCUUCAGAAAAUUUUUUCUCUUUCUUCCCUUCUGAAAUUCGCCCCUGGGAUGCCGCUUUCCUGUGGGGAUCUAAACAUUCUCGUUCCACCCUGCACAUGGACCCCUACAACUGGACAGCCAUCAGCUCAGUCCUCAGUGGGGUCAAGAAGUGGAAGCUUUUUCUGCCUGGUCAAAAUCUUUUGUAUGCAGAAAAAAUUUUUCUGGAUUUCCCCACCAAAUGUAUAAGAUACAAUAGCCCCAUUGAUGCCUUUGAUCCAGACCUGAGAUUAUAUCCUAAAUUUAGCCAGGCUCAGUACCUGGAGACAGAGGUUUAUCCAGGAGAGAUGCUCAUUAUUCCUACAGGCUGGUUCCACCAAGCAUAUAAUGUUGAAGAAACGAUGGCAAUAUCCAGUCAGCUGAUGAACAGAAAUAAUUAUCUUGCAGUUCUAGAAGAAAUAAUAAAAGGAGGAGGUGUUAAAAGGAAGAAAUUACCAGCUCAUUUUGACACCUUGUUACCGCCUGAUCAGGUGAAACUUUUCCUAUCUCUUAUUUCCAAGAAGAUACUGCAAAAAGGGAAAGAACUUACAGAGAUGGUAUCCAGAAUGGUGUAUGAAGUCCCAGUUUCCUAGAUUUAAUAAAUAUAUACCAUUGGAGAUUUUAUUGACAUUUACAUUUUUUUUUAAACAUAGGCCUUUAAUGCAAUACUGUGUACCAAUUCAUAUGUUAAAUAGAUUAUGUGUAUAGGUAGAAUGAGUGUGAUUUAUAUCCAUAAUUUAUGCAAAUUAAACUCUCUCUUUCAUUAGAGUAAUAAAAUUAAAUCAUCAAGUGAUCAUGAAUCCAGAUUAUUUUUAUCAACUGUUUUUAUUACUGGUAUUUUUAUUUAAUAUGAUGGGAAAGUAUGUCUUCAUGAUAGAUAGUAUUUUAUU